AUGGCCCUCCCCGCCGCCAUCCUCAAGAGCCUCCUCGCCGCCCUCCCCCUCCUCUCCUACCUCGACGCCAAAUACCUCCUCUCGCACGACCUCUGCCUCAUCCGCUCCUUCCUCACCUCCACGCUCGAGCAAGCAAUCUACGAGAAGCGCGACCGCCUCUCGCCCUUCUACCUCAUCGAGGACCUCGCGCUCUCGCCCAACGCCGCCCUGCGCGACCGGCCCCUGCUCAUCUACGAGGGCACGACAUGGAGCUACAAGGCCGCGCACGACAUGAUCCUGCGCUACGCCACGUGGCUCAAGGAGCGCUACGCCAUCGCAAAGGGCGACAUUGUGGCGCUGGACUUUACAAACAAGCCGGCGCUGAUCUGGGUGUGGUAUGGGCUGUGGGCCAUUGGCGCGAAGCCCGCAAUGAUCAACUAUAACCUGAGCGGCGAGCGGCUGGUGCACUGUGUGAGGACGUCGACGGCGCGGCUGGUGCUGGUGGACGGCGAGGUGCGCGGCGUGCUGGAGGGGGAGGAGGGCGAGCGCACGAGGAGGAUGCUGGAGACGGAGGGCGGGGAGAGGCAGGUGGUGGUGUUUGAUGAGGCGACGGAGAGGGUCGUGGAGACGUGGAAGGCGGUGAGGCCGGGGGAUGAGGAGCGUGGGGGGCAGAAGUUGCCGGAUAUGGCGAUGCUGAUCUAUACAAGCGGCACCACGGGCAUGCCCAAACCCGCAAUCAUCUCCUUCCAAAAGCUGCACUUCGGCGCCGGCUUCGCCUCGCGCUACAUCGGCCUCAAGUCCACCGACGUCUACUACACCUGCAUGCCGCUCUACCACAGCUCUGCCGUCCUCCUCGGCCUCACCAACGUCCUCUACGCCCGCGCCACCCUCUCCCUCGGCCACAAAUUCUCCACAAAAACCUUCUGGCGCGACGUCCGCGACUCGCACGCCACAGUCAUCCAAUACGUCGGCGAGACCUGCCGCUACCUCCUCUCCGCGCCCCCGCAGCCCACAGACACCCAGCACGCUGUCCGAAUGGCAUUUGGCAACGGCCUCAGACCAGACAUCUGGCCGGCCUUCAAGGACCGCUUCAAUAUCCCCGUCAUCGCCGAGUUCUACGCCUCCACGGAGGGCUCAUCGGGCUCAUGGAACUACCAAGAGGGCUCCUUCGGCGUCGGCGCUAUCGGCCGCAGCGGCGCGCUCCUCCACGCACUCAUGGGCCGCAGCGCGCGCACCGUGCGCAUGGACGCCAGCGGUGACACACCCCUCCGCGACCCCACCACCGGCUUCGCAAUCGAGUGUCCUCCGGGCGAAGCCGGCGAGCUACUAUGGCGCCUCGACCCCAACAACGUCAAGAAGAACUUCCAGGGGUAUUUCGGCAACGGCAAGGCGACGGACGAGAAGAUCCUGCGCGACGUGUUUGCGAAGGGCGAUGCGUGGUUCCGCACGGGGGAUCUGCAGCGGACGAGUGUGGAUGGGCUGUUUUGGUACUUUGUGGACCGCAUUGGCGACACGUAUCGGUGGAAGAGCGAGAAUGUGAGUACGGCCGAGGUGGCGGAGGUGUUGGGGGGUUGUGGGGAGGUGGCGGAGGCGAAUGUGUAUGGGGUUGAGCUGCCGGGGCAUGAUGGGAGGGCGGGGUGUGCGUGUGUGGUGUUGCGGGAGGGGGCGUAUGUGGGACCUAAGGGGGCGGAGGUGAAGGAGGAGGUGAUGAGGGUGCUGGGGCAGCAUGUGGUGAAGGGGCUGCCGAGGUUUGCCGUGCCGUUGUUUGUGAGGGUGACGAGGGAGAUGGUGACGACGGGCAAUUUGAAGCAUGUUAAGCAUGAUCUGAGGGUGCAGGGCGUGGACCCGGAGAUGGUGGAGGGCGGGGGGGAUAGGUUGUGGUGGUUGAAGGAUGGGGUGUAUGUCCGCUUUACGAAGAAGGAUUGGGAGGGGAUUAGGGCGGGGAAGGUGAAGUUGUAG